GCCCACUGCAAGCGGCGGUGAUGGUUUCGGCUGAAUACAGAUGUAAAUAUAAUAAAUUGAUAAGUAAAUACAAACCAAUAAAUACUUUUUGGGAAUGGUGCAGGCUUUGCGUCGUCAUCAGAUAUCCAACAACAACAAAAUGGCAGAAAAUAGAGGGAAGAUGCAGAGAGUUGAGUUUCUGUCCUCCGACGGCGAAAUCAUUAUCAUUGAUAGGAGAGUCGCCAAUCGAUUUGAACGGCUCAAAGAUUUCCUGGUGGCGCAUGCUUUUCUGUACUUUCCGAAUACAAGAUCUUUAAUUUUGCGCAAAGUGCUGACCUGGUCAUUCUACCACAAGAACGAUCCCGGGCCCAAAACCGAUGGCGAAAGCACUUUGUGGUACACAGAAUUUUUCGAUGUGGAUCAGGGCGUUCUACUGGAACUGAUGGAGACAGCCGAGCUGCUGGACCUGAAGAGUCUAUCCAACAAAGCGCGGGAGCUAAGAAUGAUUGAAUAACUCUGAAUAGUUUUCGACGAUUUAAAUUUGUUUAUACAUACAUAUGUAUACAGAUGUACAUAGGGGAGCUAAUUGCAGACGCUGCAAAUCAAAUAUAAAAUUAUGUUUACUUAUUCCAAUUGUUUGUAAUUGGAACCCAAAAACCAAAUGGUUCUGAAGAUAAGUUUAUUUUGUA